GUCAGAGAGCGCUGAACGGGGCUACGGCAUCAGUCCCGUGGUUCACGCGAACGGCAGCCGAGACCUACGGGCUCCGGCUGCCCUUUGAGGACGCCGUCGUCCACUGGAUGUACCUAGGUCACGGUGUGCUGCAGUACUCCAUAGAUAUAAACUUCACUUUAACCAUCGUGCCUUAGAGAGACUCCUACCACCACCACACAUCCGUCACGGCACGAGUAUUCAAUGCAUUCCCUCCAGAGAUCACGGCUCGGUGUUCAGAUGGAGGAAUCACCUUCAGCGUGGUCAGACCACCUCGAGCUGAAACUCUCGGCGUCGACCACGAACCUCUGACACCACAACAGGCGGCCCAAAGAGGGUACCACCUCCACAGUGACACCCACAGAACCACCCUGGAAGUCCCUUUGUUCUCCAUUGGAUACAUCUAUGAGGACAUCAAACUUUUAUGGAACAUUUAAGCUUCUUUUGAGAGACUCUGCAGGUCCAGGCGUCCACCUCUAAACGCUGCCUCUUCAAAACACAGGACAUGACGGUCUGUUCUGCAGACGGAACCAUGACAGUGGUGACUGGCCUACAGCGCAGCCUGAAAGAACCACUCUGCUGGACCCCACCUGUAGACCCAAACAGGCCGAUGGAUCCAGAGUCCUGUUUGAGUUCAAGCUGAACUCCUGUGGGACCAGAGCCAUGAUGUUUGUGCAAGGGAGGCAGAGGACAAGUAAAGCGGACGGUGAAGACGGAGUAUGAGGAGACACGUGAAGGUGUAGCACAGUUUCUAACGGAGGAUGUUUAACAGGUCGGUACGGACCUGGUUUAUGAGAACGAGAUUCUCCAUGACAGGCAGAUGAUCGCAGACGGACCGAACUUCAUCUCCAGAGAAUCUCAGUUCAAGUUGACAGUGAGGUGCUUAUAUCCCCUUAGUGGAAUCAACAGACUAUCUGCCAACAGUGUCUUCAGAUCAGGGACUCCUGGAUUUGGUUCAGUCGACGUCUUCAAGAACCUUAAAGAUUCAGCCAAAGACUGCUCACAUCAGGUUUCUGGAUAUGCCGCCAACACCCCGACUGACCAGGUGCACCAAACCCCAGCGCCAGGGGGAGUCCUGCCUUACUCCGGUAUCAGGCCUCAGCUCAAACCUGGACCCAGCCUCAUCACAGUACCAGGAAGAUGCAUCAAACUACUCUACUCCUCCCAAAAUCUCCAAACUUUUCCAAACCUCAAUCUCUUGCCUCUUCCUGAGCUUCCACCCAUCGGUACCCACCAAGUCCCUCUGCAGGUUUCAUCUAAUCCUGGUCUUCUCCUGUCCCAGACACAGGACCAACAUGUAUUCAGAUCUCCCACUGGGGACCAUCUCCUCAACUUACCUCCCAGAUAUGACCAGUUACCAGUCAACAGCAUCCAGCUGACAAACCUGAACACACCAAGUUUAAAGUUUGUAGAAGAGAGACGGGAAAAUUCGGGACUAACUGAUGAAAACCCAGGCUCGAGUUCUUCCAGCAGGAUAGUUGAUGAACAGUUAGAAACUAACUGGGGAAGCUCCAGUCGGACCCGUACACUUGAAGGUCCGAACAGUGAUAACGUUUGGUACUCUGGCUUAACAUGGGACCAGCCCACUCUAAGCCAAAAUGGUAUCAUUACACCAGAUCAAGACCUGCAGAGUCUUAAAGUCUAUCUUUCUCCUGGCAUGAAAGAACUGACCCAGCAGCAUGAGGCCAGUCUGGAUUUGAGCCAUUAUGGGUCCUCAGGUGUUGGGAUGGAAAUGGCCAGUACUGAGAUACCUGGAUACCAGCCUCAAAGUCCACAUGGUCCUUCUCAAACCUCUCACCUAGUCCUUCAACCACCAGCUCACUACAACCCCGUCCACAUUGGCAGCAGUGAACAAGUCCUGCCUCGCAGUGACAAAAAACCUGUCCCUGCUACCAAACACAUCACAGCCAAAACUUCUGACUCGUCUGGAUACACACAAGGGUCUGUGAGCCCUGAUCCAACGGCCACUGCAACCAGCCCAGUUGACCAAAACCCGGGAAGACCAGGGUCCAUUGAAAGGAGGAACAUUGAGACAGUUCAGUCCAGGGUGCAGAACAUCAGAGUCAAACCUCAAGGUAAAUUUGUUUCUUCUGGACAUCUCGAGACACCUUUUACCCAGCAAGGACUCCAGCCGAGACUGGUCCAUCAGUCCCCGAACCAGCAGGACACCAGCUUAGACUGGUCCAGUCAGUGGCUGAGACAGGAAACAAUGGAGGACAGGAAUCUGUUUCCACCUGGAGAAACUCCAUUCAUCCAGCAGGCACAUCUCUCAUCAGAGACAGACUUGCUCCUGGUCUCCCAGGAAGACUUCACACCCGUGACAAACCCAAACUGCAAAACCUCCAGAACCCCACCACUCAGUCUGACCGCAGAGGAGGAACCAGCAGGAACACCUACCUCAGCUUCAGUCCACAGCAGAUCCCCAACAGUCCUGACAACGUCAGAGAACACCAACCAAACGGUCCCACUGCAGGGGGAGCUGGGUUAACUGGUGCUCACACAGACUCUAUUGGUUCCGGUGGUUCAGGCUCAGACCUGAGGAUCCACACCAGAUCGGACAGCGGUGGUUGGUAUGGAGCCAGCGUUCACCAAGGCAUCAUGAGAGGUCUACGGAUCAGCUGAUGAAGAACAGAACCUCCAGAGACCUGGUCUGCACACUCUGAUUCUGAAUAAAGCUUCAGUUUGACACUGUUUCCGCUCACAUUCCUGUUGGAUCCCCGGCCCCCAGCCCGGCCUCUGAGGGACCUGGGUCCUGGUUUAGAAUCAGUCUAGGGACCUGGUGUCACCGUGUGACAUCAGGGCUCCGGGGUCAGUGUAAAUGUUCUUAUCGAUGUAAAAGGGAACCCAAAGUCCAGGCCCAGUUUCAGCAGCAGGCGUAACAAACUGGGAACAGCUGAUCAGGAUCAGCUCUGAGUACGUUGAGCCUGAUGGAAAAAGCCUCAUCAAUGGAGCUCCGACACUAAGAUUCACCAUGGCAACCAAAGAGGGCACUUCAGAAGACUGAAAGUGACAAACAGGGGAUUGUAUGGGGUUUAUUACGUAUCCAAAGAUUGCUCAUUCAUCCUUUAGCAGACUGGACUUUGCUUAAUGACUGAUUUUCAAUAGGAAGGCUGUAUUUAAAAACUGAAGCCAAAUACUUUGUUUGAAUUCCAGCCAGAAUAUGAGCUCCAUUUUUCAACUAAACUGGAAUAAAAGAGAGAUUUAGGCGUAAACGUCGCUAACAAAGCUGUAUGACUUAAAGUUUAACCAACUGAGUCAGAAAUAAGUGAGAAACAGUUCAAUGAGUGGGACAAGCUACUCAAGAUUUAUUUGGCACGGGGGGGAAACAAAGGAUAAAAUUUCAAAGUCUCCACCGGGGCGGGGGGGUAUUAUAUUUCAGCCCUCAUUUUGUUUUGUUGGUGCAACUGUGACUCAGGCAAGAUGGAAAGAAACUGAGUGUCAGGGGAUCUUCCUACUCGGGUUAGGAGAUUACAGAUUAUUAUUAAGUUACUUAGAAGCUUCAUGGAAACAAGGCGAGGCGUUGUUGGUAAAAAUGGCCUAUUUGAGGAGAUAAAGAUCCUGAGAUGGUUUUCGUAUGACCUCGACUUUACUCCAAGUAAAUCAGAUACUGGCUCUAAGAGAUUCAGAGGUCUGUGAACAGCUUUGAAGUACUGAAGAGACAGCGUGGUUUAAACAAUGGGUUUCUACAUUCGACGUCUGCUGAUGUUAAAACAAAAUACCUGUUUGCAUUACUGAGCGUAGCAGCUAGGAAAGCAAUUACAAAGGAAUGGCUCAGGCCAAACGGCCCAUCUCCAGAGCACUGCUGCGAUACCGAGAUCUCUGAGAUCUCUGAGAUGGAAAGAAUCACUUUCUCUGUCAGGCUACAGAAAACUUAAAGGAGGAAAUUUGGGAAAAGUGGAAAACGUUCAUUGUCCCUAAGCGCCCUCCUUUCUUUCUGUCAUUUUAUAUAGAAAUAAAUAUUUUCUUUCGCUCCCUGAGCAAAUGUGGA